AUGCCUACCAUGAGUUUGGACUCAAUUGUGUAUUUAUUACACGAGUAUUGGGUCGACACCGAUGAACAUAUGAAAGAUUAUCCACUUAUUGGCGGAGGACCUGUUGUGAUAAACGCAUACUUCAUAUACACUUCACUCAAAUGGCUAGAGUUUGACCGCAAGUCAUGGAACCCAAGACUACCCCCGAGUAACCAAUGGUCUCAGAAAGCCAUACAAGAGUUGCCCGAAAAAUUCCUUUAA